AUGAAAACUUUUGCGUAUCUUGACAUUCGGGUGGGAACCAGGGAUGUUGGAAGGAUAGUUAUUGAGCUUGAUUUUGAGAAGGCUCCAAAAGCAUCUGAGAAUUUUUUACAGCUAUGCGAGAGUAAAUCUUACAAAAAUACCUGCUUCCACAGAGUAAUCAAGAAUUUUAUGAUUCAGGGCGGAGACACGGAUCACAAGAUAAUCCGGCAUGAUGAAUAUCCUCCCGUUGCUCUAGGGAUAGGUGGGAGAUCAAUUUACACAUCAAACUUCUUUGAUGAUGAAAAUUUAAGAGCGAUAGACGAACCCUUCUUGGUUUGUAUGUCUAAUAAAGGCACAGUUAAUUCUAAUAGCUCACAAUUCUUUAUCAACACCUUAGCAUCUCCUCACUUGACAGGAAAGCACACGGUUUUUGGUAAAGUCAGACAUGGAAAAUCAGUUGUCAGAGAAAUUGAGAGAGUCUCCGUUAUCAGCAGUAAAAAUAACGAUCCACAGGCUUGGCUACCAGUCAAAGAAGAGAUGGUUCUCAUUGUGGAUUGUGGAAAGUGGAACAAUGGAGACCCUGUUCCGUGCUAUAAUGCAUGCUACGAUUCUCUUGGCGGAGACAUUUAUGAAGAGUAUCCUGAUGACAACGAAGUUAAGGGUCUUGAUCUUGAAAAUCCUGAAAUGACCUACAAGAUUAGCACAGUGAUAAAAGAGUCGGCGUCAUUACUUUUGAAAGAAAAAAGAUUACGAGACGCAUUUCUGAAAUAUAAAAAGGCUUUGCGGUAUUGUAAUGAACUGAUUCCGGAUCAAGACACAAACCCUGAAUAUCAUAAGAAAUUUCUGAAUCUUAAGAAAACGAUAUACCUCAAUCUGGCAUUAGUGGCACUCCAAAUGAACGACUAUAAGACUACAAUUGACUAUUGUGGGUAUCUAUUGGAAAUGGACAAAGAGGUCCCUAUGACACAAACACAAACAUCGAAGACAUUUUAUCGCUUAGGUAUGGCCUACCGAGGGCUUAAGAAUUUUGAAGUGGCUUUGGAAUUCCUCCAAAAGGCAAGCUCUCUGUGUCCUAAUGAUCAGGGAAUAAAGAGUGAGCUAUGCGUGGUUCAAAAGCUUGUAGAAGACGAGAAGAAAAGCGAGAGGCAAAGGUUUGCCAAAUUUUUCGAUUAG